GAAUUUGAAAUUUUAUUUUUCAAGGACAGGUGCGGAGACACAAUAUAUCGCUAUCUCUAUUUUCAACUUUUUUGACAAGAUGGUAUCACGGUUGGUGGUUUUGUUUAUUUCGCUGACUUUUGUUGGAGUUUUGGAGACGGCGGAUAUUUGCGACAUUCUCGAUGCCAACUAUUGCUUCUACUUCUCUGACUCGGCCUGCUAUAUUAACCUAUGUCAAUGUGAGGCUUGUUCCCAACCAGACAAAGUUCAAGCUUUGCUCCUUGACGAUUCUUCAAAUUCCACCCACGAAUCUCAAGGAAGACUCUGCCCAUCUUGGUGUGGACACUUAAAAUCAAACGAGACCAUUGUGAACAUUUUGGGCGCUGUGGGAAACUCUACAACCGAUCUGCAAGAUGUUUCAUUUGAAUGUGACGAUUUGAAGAAAAACUGCCUUGCCGUAAAGAAGUACAACGGUCAUUGCUACUUUUUCGAGAAAAAUUGUGAAUAUGAUGCGGCUAUUUCGAAAAGGGGAAAAUCAAAGACCUCACGAAACCCAAAAACCGCUGGCGAAUGCUUGAAACUGCAGAAAAAAUGUAGUCAAAAGUACAAGAAACAUUAUGCUUGCAAGACUUUCAGAAGACACUGUAGAAAAUAUAACUUGCCAGAAAUUGAAGUCAAUAAUUCAACAUUGACGAGUAAUUCAACCCAUGUUCAAGUGAGCCCAUUGGAGCAGUGUCUAAACUUCCAAAAAAUCUGCGCCGCCAAGUACAAAAAGCACUUUGCGUGUCGUCAAUACCGCAAGAAAUGCCUGUCCUACAACCUUCCCGAAAUUCAUAUGGAAAAGUCAGAAGUCACACAAAAGCCACCAAACCAACACAAGAAGCACAUGAAGAAGGGACAUGGAAUGAGAAAAGAGCACAAUCACAAUGUGAAUGAGACUGUGGUGCUGUCAACAGACGAGAUACAAAUUGGAAAUGAGACACUGGUGGAGACACUUUUAAAAGAUAAUUAAUUGUUUUACACGCUUUAAAAUUUGAAGAGGAGCACAAAAUGAAUAAAUUAAUAAACGAAAUAAGUAU